AUGGGUGGAGCAAUUGGCUGGAAUUGGUGUUGCGCGAAACCCAAAGUAAAAGACCGCUUCGACCUGCAGCCAUUCCUCAUGCGUCGCAUCCCGAUAUUCUGGAUCAUGGGACCCAUAGGUAGUGGCAAAAGCACACUCGCGUGCAUGUUAGAAAAAGCCAGUCAUUAUAAUCUUGUCAAAAUAACCGAUCUCAUCUUUGAAGAGUUGGAGAAGGCGAAAUUCCGCGCGCGUGUUAUUGAAGAAUGCAUCAAAAAGGGCCGUCAAGUACCCGACGAGAUUGUUAUCACUUUAUUGAAAGAGUAUAUAUUCUUAAACUAUGCUAACGCGAAGGGAUUCAUUCUCUGCGGAUUUCCACUGCAUCUGCGACAAGCGAAACUCUUUGAGAGCGAAAUCUGUAAAGUAAACAUCAUAAUCUACUGCCAUUUAGUAUUAGAUUCAGUCCUCGGAAGAAUGAUCAAUAAAUACGGCGAUAUAAACACCGAAAGUGUUCGGAUCAAGUACGUGAAGUCAAGCAGGCAAUGCCAACAAGUGUACAGAUACUACGAGAGUAAAACAAUCAAAUUAAUGACGAAUUAUCCUCCGGAGGAUACAGUCUCGAAACUGAUUUCGGAUCUGGAAGAUUACUGGGCGUAUAAAUUCGAGCGCAUUUACAACAAAUGA